UUCUUGAUGCACAUCAAAAAUAUAUACUCUUCAAAGUUCCAAAUCCCUCCAAAAAUAAAGCUAGGUAAAUAACCAUGAGCCAUAUAGGCAUAGCCACUAUUACUCCCCAUGCACCAAAAUCCUCAAUCUCCACAAGAUUCUAUGCUUGCAAUGCUGCUGCACUUCCUCAUCAGAAAACAUCUGUGCAAAGGAGGGAUGUUGCAAUGGGGUUGGCUGGUGUGGUGUUGGGACUGAGUGUUGGUGGUGGAAAUGCAUGGGGGGCAGCGAGACGGCCUCCUCCGCCCCCGCCCGAGGAGAAGAAGGACCCAAAUGUGACUGGCUUGGCAGCAAAGGUUCUUGCAAGCAAGAAGAGGAAAGAGGCCAUGAAGGAAACCAUUGCUAAGCUUAGAGAUAAAGGAAAGGUCAUUCAAGAAACAUCUCCAUCUCAGUAAAUGUGUGUUUUCACCAGAAUUGGCUUUGAAUUAGUUAUGAAUUCAAUUGAACAUGAAUCAUAAUGUUCAUUCAUUUCCACCUUUUGCUUUUC